AUGGACCACGCCAUUCCCUGCAACCCCUGCAUUCCUCUCUACCGGAAACCCACGCUCCAUCGCCACGUCACCUUGCCGAGCAGCACCUCACACCACUCCAAUACAACGAAAUGGCGCCGUUAUACGACGACGUCGGAGCUCCAAAUGCCGGUGGAAAUAAACGACCGGAGGAGUAGCGACUCAGCUUCAGUUCCGACGCACAAGGUGACCGUCCACGACCGACAACGCGGCGUCGUCCACGAGUUCUUCGUCCCUGAGGAUCAGUACAUAUUGCACACUGCUGAGGCGCAGGACAUCAGUCUUCCAUUCGCGUGCCGGCACGGUUGUUGUACUAGUUGUGCUGUACGUGUGAAGUCUGGAAAACUUAACCAGCCUCAGGCACUAGGGAUCUCUGCCGAAUUGAAAUCACAGGGCUAUGCACUUCUUUGUGUGGGAUUUCCAUCAUCAGAUCUUGAAGUGGAAACACAAGAUGAGGAUGAGGUAUACUGGCUUCAAUUCGGGAGAUAUUUUGCACGGGGUCCUAUUGAAAGAGAUGAUUAUGCAUUGGAGUUGGCACUGGGUGACGAAUAAGCAAGGUAGAGUAUUUGAUUUUGGAGAUAGGAUCUACUGAGUAAACUAUGCACAUCUGUAUGUUGUAUUCUUGCCCUACAGUUUCCUUUACAUUGAGUGUACAUCCAUGUUGGUUGGCUAGUGGAUUGGACAAAUAAUUUUAACUAUGUUUGAAUUGUCAUGGUUGUUUAGUUUGGAUCAAACAAGGCUCUGUGUGGCUUGAGUCAGUUCUCCAAGAUGACCUCUUUGUAAUCAUAUCUUGCGCAAUAUAAUCUACUUUUCAGAUUGAGAAAGAG